AUAAGAUAUUUGAGAGCUUGCAUAUCCCAUGCUCUUGCUUCAUUAGGCAUCGAACCCAAGUCAAAGGGUCUCUUUUUAUGGGUGGUUUAUGCUUCUAGAGGGAGAGAGAUGCGAAGAAAUUCAAUGGCUGUGAACAUGUCAAACACAUCACAGGUGAUAGCUGAUGAUUUGAAUGUGAGGCUGGACUAUUUUGAAAACAGAGUGGCAUUUGCACGGUUGUUGUUUCCUGCGGAAGCCAAGCUUGCUAUGGAAAUGGCGGAUCAUCCAACAUCAGACUCUAGUGGGAACUUACGAGAGGUCGAUUUGAAUGAAACACCCUCUGUACGAUCCGAAAGACUCCACGAAAAAUUGCGAGCCCUAAUUAAAACAGUGGAUAUGGGACAGCGCUUCUCCCCCCAUUGCUCAGAAGUUCUUGAUAUGUUUCUGGAUGAUGAGACGGACAUGGCUGAUUACUUCCUUGAAAAAGGAACUCCUGAAGAGGAGAAAAACAAGAAGAGGAUGCGCUUCAUGGAACUUAAAGAUGAUAUACAGAAGGCAUUUUGCAGGGAUGUGGCUGAAAACCAGGGUCAGUUUUGACAGCCUCAUCAUCAUGGAUCCAGCUCCUCUUAAGUGAGGAGGAUGUGAAUUUACUUCAAUUUAAUAAAAUCUAGGCUCUCCGUCUAAUCUAAAAGUUCUAACAAGUGACACAUCACUCUUCCACAAAUUUUUGGUUUUUAGUCUUAACCACAGUUAACUUGCCGUUAACCCUAGAGAAAAAAUUAGGAAUUUUGCGUUUGCUUGCUUUGUGCUUCCAUGGCAAUUCAUGGUUGCAUGAAGAAGAAGAAGAAGGAAAAAAAAAAACUGCUUGCAUUGAAUACAGACCCAGGCCACGAUGGUUCACAACUUCAGAUAAUGGAUUACAUGCAUAAUUUUAUGUUUUUUAGUGUACAAUACAUGAUGAGGGAAAGCUGAUGACUACCUACAUAAUUGGAUAAGAAUCUUACAUAAUCUCUCAGUGGCUCUUUCUUUGUGAGCACAUAAGGACCUUGUCAACUACUAUUUUAAUGUCUUCUUGCUUUCUAGAAAGAAUGAACAAUUGAAUGGUAAGUCAAUAACAGCUAGCACGAUUUUUUAUUUCUUUCUUUUCUUCAACCAUGGAUGAGUUGUCAUGGAAGAACAGAGAAGCAAACGCGCACAGCAACUCCAAGCCAAAUCCCAAAUUUUUCUUUUUCUUUUUUGGCUAACGGCAAGUUAACGGUGGUUUAGACGAAAAAUCAAAAAUUGGUGGAAGAAUGAUGUGUCAAUUUGCAGGACCUUUAGAUUAGACGGAGAGUCAUGAUUUUAUGAAAUGAAGUAAAUUCACACCCUCCUCACUUUAGAGGGGCCGGAUCCCAUCAUCAUCCUUAUUAUCUCUGAAGGAGGGGGUUAAUCACUUAAUCGUCGAUGAAGAUUUCGCCAGAAAAAGUUCUUUUUUUUUACGUAAUUUGUGUUUCUAGAUGAAAGGUGUGUAUGAACCUAUAAAGACAAAUUUUUGUUGGCAAUAACACAUUUGUGGACGAAA